UCAUGAACACACUGAGGAGAGACAUCAAGGAGAGAACUAACCAGAUAUCAAAGAUGCAGUGGAGUCUGUGUCUGCUUAUUCUGAUGGGUCAGUGUUGCUUCUUUACAUGCCGCCUGUAUGAGUACCACUUUAUUGCAGAAAACAAGACCUGGUCUGAAGCACAGAGAUACUGCAGAGAGAAUUAUACAGACCUGGCCAAAGUGUUUGACAUGACAGACAUGAGCAGACUCCGUAACUCCACACAGAAUCAAGGAGAAGCCUGGAUUGGACUGAACAACACAGAUGGAAACAGGAUGUGGCAUUGGUCUCUGCCAGGAGUGGAAUACAUUCAUAAUGUCAACAGCUGGGAUCAGAGUGGAAGAGAAACUUGGGAAGAUCCUGGGAACUGUGGGAGGAAAAGAUACGAUCAAGGAGAUAAAAAGCUGGCUCAGAGCUACUGCAGGUAUAAUUACACUGACUUGGCCAGUGGACUAGAUCAGGUAGAUGAAGAAAAAUAUGAGGCCGUGAUAAAAGGUUUAAUCCCUGAUAAAAAAUUUAGCGCAUGGGUCGGUCUGUUCAGAGACAGCUGGAGGUGGUCAGAUGGGAGUGAUUUCUCUUUCAGAUACUGGGAUAUGGAGUUAUUCAUUGAUACACAAAGCAACAAGACAUGUGCUAUGACUCUGUUAAACAGAUCAGGAAAAUGGAGCUCUGAUGAAUGUGACAAAGAAAAACCCUUCUUCUGUUAUGAUGACAAUUUGAUCCUGAUCAAAGAAAACAAGACCUGGGAGGAGGCCCUGUAUUACUGCAGAGAGAACUACAAUGACCUGGUGUCCAUUACUAACUCUCAUGAUCAGAACUGGAUCCAGGAGAAAGUCAAGCAGGCCAACUCUCCCUACGUAUGGCUGGGACUGCGCUACACCUGCACUCUGGGUUUCUGGUUCUGGGUCACUGAUGAGGUGGUUGAAUAUAAAAACUGGGCGUCUGAUGUAACGGCUGAUGACUGUGACAUGUCUGGAGCCAUGAAUAGAGGAAGCCCACAUAAGUGGUCCAAACAAGCUGAUAAUAAAAUGUUUAAUUUCAUCUGUUCUAAGAAGUAAAAACCUCUCUGAUCAUUGAUCAAAAGGGUUUGCAUUUAUUUACUUUGUGUUUGGGGUGUGUUGAUUUUUAAAAAGUUUCUUCAAAAGCAUUCUGGGAAAUGUGUAUUCAAGUAGUUUUGG